AUGCUCGGGCAAUGUUUUUGUGGUGCCUUGCUGACGGCUCUGGAUUUUACUCAGCUGGGAACUUCGCUGCCAGCCCGAUCUUUGGCUCAUUCUGGCUUGUCACUACUAGCGCUGGACCUUUUAAACUCGGGACCGAGUUCGCCUCCGCAGAGUUCUGGCCGCUUGGACCUGGCAUCGCUUGUGCUGGAUCUUGCGCACUUGGAGAUGCCGCCUCCCCCGCAACAUUCUUCGUGCACGGGUGCCUCGGCGUCUCCCUGCAGCAUCGCGCAACUUGACUCUCCAAUGCUGGCUUUGGAUCUCCUCCACCUGGGAAGUUUGACAUCUCUGCAUUCCCGGGCCAGAUCAGACAUGCCAGUCUUGACUUCGGAUGCUGCGCUGCUUGGCUUGACCCUUCUGGUGCACAGCUCCGUGUGCGCCGACUCGCUGGUUUCGGUUCCCUCUUCUGGCAUUCCAGAAGUACCAACGUCUUCGCGUAGCCUUAGCCGUUCGGGUUUGCUGUCAGCGGUGUGUGAUGCUGCUCACCUGGAGUUCACUUUGAGCCUCAAAAGCUUCCAUCGCUUUGGUAUGUCGUCGUCAGUUUUCGGAGCUGCACGCUUGGAUCUCUUGUUUUUCGUUCCAGAUCUGGGUGGUUUUGGCGCCGCGUUGCCCUUGCGGAGCCCCAGCUGGUUGGGCGCCACAUUGUCCUUGUUCAAAGUGACACGCUUGGGAACGUUCCUUUUCAUCCUAGAAACGUCCACGACAGGGAGUGUUUUGCCUUUGCACGGCCCAGCUCAGUUGGAUUUCGGCUCGCUUCUGUUUGGCGUGCAAAGGCUGGGCGCGCUGUUGUUGGUUCCAGACCCUUUGCACUUGGGUCCACCCUUGCUGUUGCAAUCGCGUGCUUGGUUAGAAUUAUCAUCUCCAGCAGCAGGUUUCUGCAAGAUGGGAUUGCCCGUCCCCGCACCAGAUUCAGCAAGCUCUGAAGCCUUGUUGCCCCCGAGGAGCUUGGUGCGGUUGGACUUGGUUGCAUUAGCUUCAGCCUUUGGUCAUGCGGGCCUGCUGCUUUCAAUGCGUUGCUUGGGGCAUGCUGGCAGCGUUUCAUCAGUCAUGAGUUGUGGACGUCCGGGCUUGGCAACACCGGCCCUUGAUGCAGCCCAGACAGACGCCGCGCCCCUGGCAAGAUCAUGUGCUCAGUCGGAGUUGAGCUUGCCUGCUGCCGGUUUGCUUUGUCCCGAAACCUCCUUGCUUCUCUGCGAUUUCGGCACAGUUGGGGCACUGUUGCUAACAAGAGGCUUGGCCUGCUUGGGCCCAUGCAUCGCUGUACUGGAUUGCGCCCGAUCUGAGUUCGCGCUGCCUCUGCGAAGUUCCUCAUUGACUCAUGCUCCCGGCUGCUUGGGCUUGUUGGUUUUCAUGAUGGACCUCGCAAAUCUCGGAAGCAGCCCGUUUUUGCAAAGUCCCGGCCAACUGGGCUUAUUAGCUUUUGCGUGUUUCUUUGCGGCUACUGGCUUUUCUCCGUUGCUCCAGAGCACUGGAAGACUAGAUGUGCUGUUGCUGGCCCUUCAGUUUGCACACGUAAGUUUAUCGCCCCCGGUGCGUUCCUCUGCUCGAGUUGAGCUUGCAGCACCGGCCUUGGACUUCUUGCACUCGGGCGCUCUCCUGUUACCUCAUUCCUUUGCCCAGACUGGGUUCUCAGCUUCGUUGCCAAGUGUGUUGCAAUCGGGAUCCCUGGCAUCAGUUCUGGAGCCUGCUGCCAUGGAGUCCUUGCUGUCAAUCCACAGCCUCUGCCAACUCGGAACCCCAACAUUUGUCUCAGCAUUUGCCUGUGCUGAGAGCCUCUUGUCAUCACACGGCCCGUCCCGCCUGGGUCUGUUGCUUUUGGCCUUGUCAUUGGGAAGAUCUGGCCCGAGCUUGACGGCGUCGGACCUUCUUCACCUCGGGCCUUUGCCCUCUCUUCAGGCAGCUUCUCGUUGUGGCUUUGCGCUGACUGUGGUUGGCCGUGCGCGCUUGGAAAUGUCAGCCUCGACACCAGACUUUGUGCAGUUUGGAUUGCUGCUGAUGGCGCGCUCCUUCACUUGCUCGGGGAGCGCCCUUCUUGUGCUGAAUGUCGUGAACUUGGGCACUCCCUCGACCCUCCGCAGCCUGGCUUAUCUUCUGUUUGACUUGGCUCAAGUGUCUCAGUUCUGGACCUUUGCAUCGGAGAUGGGGCUCGCGCCAUCUUUGCCCAGUUCCUCCUGCACCGGCUUUUUGCUGCUGGCUCUCGAUGUUGGUCUGCCAGAAUCGUUUGUGUUGGCCCACAAUGCGCAGCGAACAGAAGCCUCGAUUCCAACCUCCGGACUGUCCUGCUUGGGGUUGGCCGUUCUUCCUUUGGAUCAUUCGUCCGCUGGUGUGUUGCCGCCUUCACACAACCUCGAAUGUUUGGAUGCCUCCAUCGCAAUCCACGGUCUGGCGCGAUCCGAUGCAUUGCUGCUGUCUUCGGAUCAUUUGUCGCUGGACUUGCUGUUGCUCCUGCAUAGCUCGGCACAAUCAGGCUUUGCCGCCUCGGCUUCGGAUUUCCUUGCUCUGGAAAGCUCUCUGGCACUACAUGACUGCGCUUGCUCUGAUUCGCCGCCUUUGGUGUUUGGAAGGACUCGAGCAGAGACCCCAACCUUGAUGCUCGACUUGGUCCAUGCGGGCAGCUGCAUGCCAGCACGCUCCUUUGCACGCUUUGAUCCGGCCUUCUUGUUGGUAAGCAUGGUGUGGCCCGGGUCUUUGCCAUCCCUUUUCGACCUCGCUUGCCUGGAGGUUCUGCUGGCACCCCGCAGUCUUACAAGAGCAGGCUUCACACUUGCAACUUCGGACAACGUUGCAGCGGGCUUUGCAGCAUCCUUGCAAUCUCCCAGCUGCCUAGGUGUUGGACUUUUGGUGUUCAGUGCUGUUCGGUUAGGUUUCUCCCCGGCCGUAUCGGAUUGCACCUUGCUGGGCUUAUCGUUGAUUAUCCACAGCUUUGCCCGGUGUGGAGCUGCAGCAUCAGUCUUGGAUUUCUUACAUUCGGACUUGACUGCAUCUGCCAGAUCAGCAGCAUGCCUAGGCCCAGCGGCAAGUCUUCUGGACUCUGCACUUUUCGGAGCUUCGAUCUUCCUGCGAUCCCACGCAAAGCUAGACCUCUUGCCCCCUGUCAUCUCCGCAGUCGUCUGCUUGAACCGGCUUGGCAUUUUCCUCAUUUGGUUUGAGCCGCUCGGGGAGUCCACUGCUGCCGUAUGUAUAUCUCUUCCUUUCCACAGCUUUGUACGAUGCGGCUUGGCUUUCUUGUUGUUUGGCUCUAGUUGUUGUGAUGCAUUGGUGCUGACCGUGGACUUCAUGCAAGCAGGCAGUUUGGCAUUGCUUCGCAGUCUUGCGCAUUCCGGUUCCGCCCCGAUGCUUGUUGAAUUUGCACAACUGGAAGCAUCCUUGCCUGCCAGAAGUCUUUCCUGCAUUGAUGUGGCGACCUCAACAUCGAGUUUGUUUCGUUUUGAUGCAUUUGCUUCAGCGCUGGAUCUUCUGCGCCUCGGCUCUUCUUUGUCUCUGCACGCACCCUCCCGAGCCGAACUAUCCGCAUCAGUGUCCGGAUGCGUCUGCCUGGGCUCCUUCCUGUCGCUCCCGGAUUGCGGGAUAGUCGGACCUGCCCCGCUGCUUGCCUGUGACUUUGCACAUUCAGAUAUGGCUGUGCCACCUCGGGCGGCAACCCGGCUCGAAGCCCUGCUUUUGCUCAUGUCGUGCCUGCGUGUUGGCCUGCCGCUGCCAAUUCUGGAUUCUGGCUUUCUGGGCACGGUCUUGCCAGUCCACAGGUUUGCAAAGCUGGACUUCAUGCCUGCGUUGUUUGGUGGCUGCUGCUUAGAGGCUUCAUUUGUGGUGCUGGACCUUGCAAGCAUGGAGCCUCCACUGUUCAUCCGCAGCGCUGUUCGAUCAGAGUCCAUCACUCCGAUUCCUGGUUUUAUGUCUCCUGGCAGCCUGCCGUUCUCACAAAGACCUGCCCGAACUGGUUUCCCAUUUUUAUCGUUCGGAGCUGCUGCUUCUGGCUUACCAUUGUCUCUUCUAGAUUGUAUCCAGCUGGGAAUUCCUUCGGCUCUCCAAAGCCUUUCGAAGCCUGACUUGUCAGUCUUGCCUGUGGAUCUAUCGUGCACAGGAAGUCCCUCAUCCAUACGGCAGCUUGCCCGCCCGGGAUCAGGAGUUCCGAUCUCUGGACACACGAGGCUUGACGCGCUCACGGCGGUACCAGAUUUUCUUCACUUGGGAACGCCUCUCUUGCUCAGAGCUUCUGCUAGGACAGGCUUUGCCACAGCUGCUUCCGGGUGCACCUGCACAGGCAUGCUCUUGCUCAUUCCCCAUGACGUACACUUGGGCCCGAUGCUUCUGACACACAGCGGCUUCCAGCUCGAGGCGGCAUUGCUGAUUUUUGGCUUGGUGCGACUGGACUCCUUUGUUCCUGCGAUGGAUUCUGCUGCACCAGGCUCUGUCUUGCUUGCACGAAGCUUCGCUCAGAUAGAACUAUCGACGCCUCCACCAGAGGCGGUUCGAUCAGGAACUUCAUCAUCAGCACCUGACCUCACAAGUCCUGGGAGUCCGCCUAUGCUUCGUUCACUUGCGCGUUCAGCUUCUGCCUUGCCUGUGUGUGAUGCAGUGCAGUUGGGCCCCGUAUUGUUCCCGAGAAGCCUUGCGCAAUCUGAACCCGUCAUUCCAUUGACGGGUGCUGCAUGCUUAGAGUCGCCAAUGCCUCUUCGAUCUUUUUCGCACAUGGAGGCUGGCCUGUUUGUGCUUGCGUUUGUGCAAGCAGGAUCCGCGCUGCUGCCACGAAGUCCCGGCCAUGUGGGUCCAGCAGCACCUGCUCUACAAAGUCUACGUCUUGACCCCGCUUUGGUUUUGCAGUCCAUGGGGUGGUCCGGGCUCUCCCUAUUGGCAGCAGGCUUGGCUUGUGCGGGCUUUUGCGCGGCCGUGCCUGACCUUGUGCAGCUCGAAGUGUCUCUGCCCACCAGAAGUUCUGGUCACCCUGGCAUCCCUGUGCUUGUCUCGAGUCUUGCUGGUGUUGGCCCGCCAUCGCCCCUGAAGUGCUUGGCAUGGCCAGGCUUCUCUGCACCUCUGUCAGGAAGGGCUUCUUUUGAGCCAUCCCCCUUUGCGCUGGAGGAAGUGACGCUUGGACUUUCGCCUUCCCCGCGGUCCUUUGUUUGCUCGGGUGCAGCUGUGCUGGCUUUAGAUGGCUAUAGAGCUGGAAGUCUUGCGCCUUUGCAAUCCCCGUCCCACCUUGAUGUCUCAGCAACUGCCUCGGACAGUGUCCGAUUGGAUGUGCUGCUGUCUGCAUUAGAUCUUCUUCAUUUGGACUCUUCUCCUGCCCUUCAAGGCUUCAGUUGCUGUGGCCUCGCCCUUCCUGUGUCAAGCUCCAUCAAAUCGGGUCCUUUCCUGCCAUUACAAGCAGCUUUGUGCAUGGGCUUCGUGGUGUCAGUGUCAGGGGCCAAUUGCUUGGAGGUCUCUACGUCAGCUCCAGAUCCUACUCACCUCGGCCUGGCGAUGUCCGUGCGAUCCACGGGCCAGCUUGGUUCACUGACACUCGCUUCCAGCAUCUUGCGCCUCGGGUCGAGCGUGCUGAUGUCGGAUUCUGCGCUGAUGGAGUUCUUGCCAACAUUGCAUGGCUCCACUCGGCUCGGAUCAUCAUCACCGGCGUUGAGCAGAGCAACCCUGGGGGUUUUGUUGCCCGUUGCUGAGCUCUCGCAGAUUGGUUUCCCACUUGUACUUCGCAGCUAUAGCCGUGUGGAGUCUGUGCCUUCAGUUCUGAUGAUUGCUCAGAUGGACUUGCUUCUUGCGUCGACAUUUUUGUACUUCUUUCUGGCAGAGCAUGUAUCGGCUUUUCUCUUCCUGCUCCCGACGCUGCAUAUCCAGGCUCGGCUUCUCUUCUUCUGUGCUUUCAAGGGCAAGCUUGGGUGUGCCAGCCUUCGCUUUGGAAUCUUCACUUCUCGGAAGUUUUGCACUGGCCCAGAGCUUCGUCCGGGCUGGUCCCUUGUCACUCGUAUUCGACUUUGCCUUCCCUGGAACUUCUCCACCCACUCGCAGCUCCAGUCAGGCUGUUUGUCGAUGGUUCCCUUCGGCUCGUCGCAGACCGAUGCAAGCUUAUCCGCCCUUUGCUCCUGUCAGUCAGGCCUCAGUUUGCCGGCGCGGAAUUCGCUGCGCUCGGAGGUGUCCUUGUUGGCCGUGGGCUUGGGCCGCCUCGGAUCUGUAGCGCUCGUGCCGGAUACAGCUACUGCGGGCGUUGUGUCGUUGCUACACAGCGUGUCAUGCCUGGGCAUCUUUCUGUCGACACCAGGCUUUGCUUGGACCGAAGCCUUGGCAGCCAUUUUGGAUUCUGCCUCGUAUGGCUCGCUUCUUUCUGUCCGUAGUUCAGUUCAAGUGGCGUCGGCCCCUUUGGUCUUUGGAGCGGGCUGCGUUGGCCUGCCGCCUUCAGCUCUCGACUCUGGAAGCUCUGAGGCCUUGUCGAUGGUCCAAAGUUUGCUAUGGAUGGAGUCGUCGCCCCUUGCGAUGGGUUUCGCCAACACUGGACCAUUCCUGUCGGCUCUGGGGGCCUGUCUGCUAGGACCACCACCGCCCCUGAAGAGUCGUUCGCGGAUCGAUGCAUCCUUGUUGUUGGUGGAGCACACUCUGCCUGGCUCGUCAUUGCUGUUGCAAAGCUUCACCUGGGCAGGCCCUCUCCUGUCCGUGUUUGGUCUAAGUUGCGGCGCGCUCCUGCUGGCUUCAGACCUCCUUUGUUCGGGGCUUCCCUUGUUGUUACGGGGGUCUGGCUGCAUGGACUCUGCGAUGCUGACUUGGGGAGUGGCCAGGUCGGGCAUCCCAGUAGCUGUACUGGAGCUUUCAACCUGCGGCUCGGUGCUGGCAAUCCGCAACUCUGGACGGCUCGGUCUGUCACUUUUGCUUGCUGGCAACGCAAAGCCGGAACUUCCGAUGUUUCCCGUAGACGUCGCUUUCGCAGAUGCACUCUUGUUGCCGCAAAGUCAUUCCCGAGUGGGCAUCGUGCUGCUUCUUCUGGACCUCGCAAGUGCCGAGCCUUCCUUGAUGCUUCGCAGCCAUUGCCGCCCUGGGUCAGUCGUUUUGGCAUCGGGAUCGAUGCGCUCAGACCCGGCGUCCGUAGUACCUGGACUCUGUGGUCUGGGGAGUUUAUCGCUGCUGCAGAGCUUCGCGUGUUUGGAUUUCAUCUUGUCUCCUCUGGAUCACGCAGAUUCUGAACUGCCACUGCCUGUGAAGUCAUGUGGCUGCACUGGUUCUUUGAUGUCAUUGUGUGGCUCCUUGUGUUCAGGUCCGUCACUGCUUCUCUUGGACAGCCUUGAACCGGAACUGGCCACGUUCAUUCAGAGCCCUUCUCAAGCAGAUGUGGUGCUUUUCGCGUUGGAUUUCGUGGACUUUGAUGCGUCUUUGUUGCUGCAGACAGGACUGCCGGUUGCGCAGUUUGUCGACUUCGGCUCAUCGUCACUCCUGCACAGGAGCCAUGCUUGCGUUGGGCUGGCUGCACCAGUGUCGAGCGUUGGCAACCCGGGUCCGCUCUUGCCCAUUCAUGGUUUUGUCCGAAUGGGUGCACCACUGCUAACUUAUGGUGUCGCGGAGAUCCGCAGUGACGCAGCAAUCCAGGACACGGUCUUUGUCAAAGGCGCUAUGCUCAUUGACUUCACCUUGUCCGUGUUGGGUGUAGCCUGGUCAGACAUGCUGUCGUUUGUGUCUGGCCUUUUCAACCCAGACGUCCCUCUUCUGUUACGUGUGCGAGGCCGAUUCAGCAAUACCCGUGCGGUCAUUCUCACGUCCAAGCACCACCUCCUUCUUGCUCGGGUUGUCCUGCACGGAACCACUGGCACUGGCUUCGGAUUUCCUGCACCUGGGCAGCUCGAUGACACUGCGAGGACAGGUGCCUCGCUGGUCCUACUGAGCUGGACGUCCACGGGCAGUACUCUUCUGUUGAGAAGCCUGUUCCGCACAGACCUCCUGGCGCUCGUAUUGUCUUUUGCCAGUGCAGGCUCCUGUCUGCCAAUUCGCGUGUGGCCUGCGCUAUUGCUGUUGGUAGCAGAUCUUGCGAACAUUGGUCCCUCGGUGCUGGCCAGGGCUGCACUUCAGGCUGACUUCAGAACGUCGUGCGUUGGCAAAGCACGUGUGGGCCGUUCAAUCUUUCUUGUUGACAGCAUGAGCAUGGGUUCGUCCACGUUGACGAGAAGCUCCAGCAGGAUCGCAUCGCUGUCUCUGCUGGAGCUCAUACAUUCGGGUAGCGUCAUGCUGUCACGAGAACACGCUUGUGCUGAGUUUCUUCUGUUUACUGUGGGGGGGCUGACUUCGGAACUGACGUUGCUCUUGCUUGACCAUGCAGCAGCAGACUCCUCCUUGUUGGCACGCAACAUGGCACGAGUUGAUACUUCGCCGCUGCUGUGGGGAAGGUGCCGCUCUGAAGUGCCGAUGCCAACAACAGAUUUCAUGGAAGCGGGACUCCCAGUGCCAACGCGUCAAUUUGUGAGGAUCGAGUCCUCUUUUCUUGCUGCACGCAUGGCCCAGCUCGACCUCGCCCUGUUGCUUUUGGACUGUGUGAGUGCUGGCUUGUCCACAUCAUUCCGAUCAUGGGCCCAGACAGAUCUUGCCAUGUCCUCGCCGGAUUUUGCUGACAUAGGUUCCUCGACGUCUUUGCAGACAAGCCUACAAGCUGGCAGCUUCAUGCUUGCAUCAGGCAUCCUGCGUGCAGAUUCACUUUCGCCGGCCGCUGAUUUCACGGGGUUGGAGGCAAGCCUGUUGACGAGGACCUUUGCAAGAGCUGAUUCCCCAACCUCUGCCACUCGUGCAUUCCGCUUGGAGUUGUGUACCUUUGUGGUGGAUUCCACGACCACUGGCAGCAUGUUGCCGGCGAGGCAAUGCGGGCGGCCAGGGCCUCCACUGUUGGCGGUGGGUGUCUUGCGUGCCGGGCAGCAGUUCGAGACCGGGAGCUGCCUCCCAAUUCGAGGCUUUGCCCGCACAGGAUCACCCCCGUCGAUUUCUUAUUGUGCGAGAUCCGAAUCUUGUCUGUCUGUGCUGGACUCCCUGACUUCAGGCCCGCUGUUUUCGAUGCAGUCUGUUGCGUGUGUCGGCUUUGUUGUGCCGGUCUUCGACCUUCUCCAUCCCGGGCCUCUACCUCCAUCGAGGAGCCUCGCAUGGCUUGAGAGCCAGCUGCCACUGCUAGAUUCAGCUCAGUUGGGCAGCUUUGUUUUGGCGCGAAGUUUUUCCAGGAUGGGGCCGCCUUUGCUUCCAGCCGGCUUGGUCAGAUUCGAUUUGUUCCCUUCAGCCCCGGAUGCUCUGCAGACAGGCCCUGCUGUUCUGCUACAAACUUUGGCACAUCUCUCGUCCGCGACCUCGGCCUUAGGCUUCAGUCACACUGGUCCAGCCUCGUUCCCUCAGUCCUUGCUCCAGGCAGAGUCGCCCCCGACAGCAUCUGGCCUGUGUUGUCUUGAACCUUUGCUAGUCGCUUUGGACUUCUCUUGCUUUGGUCUGCUUUUGCUCAUGAGACAACUUGUUCGCAUGGAGUUGCUCACAGCGCUAUGCAGUGCAGCGCGCCCGGAAUCCUCAACGUCUGCCCUAGAUCUCCUGCACUUGGGCUUGCUGCUGUUCUUGCAGAGUUUCCUGCGCUUGGGACUGGUGCCGCUUGUGUCCAAGGCUUCGCAGCCAGGUCCCUUGCUACUUUCAAGAAGCCUUGCUCGCGUUGAUGCAGCUCUCUUGACUCUGGGUGGUAUCAAGCCCGAGUUGUCUUUGCCUGUGCCAGAUUUCGUUGGGUUUGGUGCCUCGCCAGCUCUGCAGACGCUUGCGCAGCUUGGACUCAGCUCGCUUGCAUGUGGUAUGGCUCGUUUUGGCAUGCUGACACUUGCCUUGGACUCUUUGCAUUUAGACUUGUCAUUGUUUCUGCAGUCAUUUGCGUGUCUGGGUCUGUUUCUUCCCAUUUUGGACUUCAGCCAAACUGACAGCACUCCGUCGUCGCGUAGCCGCCUUUGCACUGGGGCGGCGGUGGUUGUUUUUGGGCUUGCAAGACCGGGCCUCGUGCUGAUAGUGCCGAGCUUCUCGAGCUCAGAUUCGGUGUUGUUUUUGCGGAACUCUGCAUGCUUGGCCACGUUGAUGCCUUCUGUUGGCCUGACUUGGUUUGGCUUGCUGCCUCUUGUCUUAGAUUGUGUGGAGAUGGGCAGCUCGCCCUUCCUCCGCGCGGCGUUGCGACUCGGAGCACCGACCUCCUCCACCGGCACUUGCAACUUUGGAGGUGCGAUGCCCACUUUGGACUAUACCAACCUGGCUAGCUUGAUGUCUACCCGACAUCACGCUUGCCGCUUGUACGAUGCUCCGCAUGGAUGGGAUCGUCGGCAAGCCUUCUUGGACUGUCAUGCCUUCCAAUGCAUCCUAAUGUGUGGCAUGACAAAGCCUGGUGCUGCAGUCUUCGUCCUCGACGUUGGCAUCUUCGGCCCAUCGCCGUUCCUACGCAGUUCCGGGUGCUUUGAGGUGGCGGUUUCAGUCGCUGGCAUCUCGAACAUUGGAAGCCCUCCGCUCUCACACAGCCGCCCUUAUCUUGAAGCCACCAUGUCGACCUCUGGAUGCAGUCGUGCAGGGACGGUGCCACCCGCACUCGAUUCCCUUCAUCUGGGUAGCCUGCCGAUGCUGAGGAGCUUUGCAUGUGCUGGACUGGCUCUUGCAGUUCCUCAGCUGGCCAGCUUGGGCAGCCCUUCGUUGCUGAGGAGUUCCGCAAGACCUGGCAUGCUCCCGCCAUUCUUUGGACGUGCUGCUCUCGAGAAAUUCCUGCCGGUGCUAGACUGCAGCCACUCGGAGUCGGCACUGCUUGCGCGGCAGUCUGCUUGCCUGGACCCUGCCCCCACCGCCUGUGGUCUAGCACGCCUUGGCAUGUUGCCGACGGCCUGUGACUUCACAAAGCUGAGCUCACCGAUGCUUACGCAAGGUUUCGCACGUUCAAGUUCGAUGCCGGUGCUUUUGAGCUUGAGCAGGACAGGAUUGCCAGCCUUGGUGUUGGACUUCCUCUGUCUGGGACCCUUUUUGUCCUUGCGGCGGCCCAGUUGUUGCGGCCCUUCCUCGCCGCCCUGCGGAAUGCUGAAGCUGGACACACUGAUGGUCGCAGUGGAUGCAAAACGGUCGGGUUUCUUUCCAUUGCUGCAGUCUCCCGUCCGCCCUGGGCCAUGCGCCUUGCUUGUGGGCGCUGCUUGUCUUGAGAUGCCGACGUCUGUUCCAGAUUCUCUACAUCUGGGCAGCCUCCUAUUGCUCCGAAGCUCUGCGCAGUCGGCCUUCGUGCUGCCCGCUUGUGGAUUUCAGAAUCCCGGGCCGCUUCUGACACCACGCCACUCCAGCAGGCUGGAGCUUACAAUACCAGUACCAGGCACCUGCAAGCCUGGCCUGCUCCCAUCGAACUUGGAUUUUGCGAGCCUUGAUGCGUUGCCGCUGUUGCAUUGUCACACGCGGCUGGAGCUUUCUUUGCCCGCUUUUGGGAGAUCUAAUGCAGGAAGCUUGCCCUCCAUCCUGACAGUCGCUUCAUCUGAUACUUUCCUGCUCUCGCACGGCUUUUGUCGAUUGGUGCUCAUGCUGACAGCUUGCGGGCUCUCGCGGCUUGAUGCCUCGGUGUCCGCGCUAGACCCCAGCCAACCAGGCUUGUCGCUCAUGCUGCGUCGACAUGCCAGGUCGGACUUCGUGUCGACAGUCUUGGGCAACGCGCGAGUUGAAGCCUUGCCUUCGGUGCUGGACUCUUCCUACACGGGAAGUUUCCCAUCGGCACAGAAUCUGGUUCGGAUCGGCUCGAGUGUCCUGCUGAUUGGCUUAGGCUGUUUCGGUUCCUCUCCAGUCGCGCCGGACUCUCUUCAGCCAGAAUUUCUGCUGACUCUACGAAGCUUCUCCCAGUCCGAUGCGAGCCUGUCCGUGCCGCGAUCGGCCAAUCCCGGCUUCUUCCUAUCCACCCUGGAUGCGGGUUUUGUUGAGUCAUCGUUGUUGUCCAAGAGACCGGCCUGGCCUGGUUUGCCCUUCCCAGUGAUCUCGGCCCUCAGAGUCGGGUCCUUGCUGUCAACUCCGGACUUUGCGCAUUUCAGCCCUGCCCUGGUGUUGCGAAGUCUGGUGCUCAUUCCCUGCGCAGAGGGGGCAGAAUGCAUGGUGCUGCGAUGCUUGCAGAGGACCAUUGAGCCCGUAGAAAUGUUGGUUAGUGCCAUUGCUGCGCUGACAGUCUUUGGCCACUUCAGGACGUCAGCGUGCCUGGUCUGCGCGCUUCGGCUUGGGGCCACCUACGGCGGGUGCCUCUCUAAGGCUUGCUGUCCAUUCGUCAUGCGUGGGUCCCAGCGUGAGAACCGCGACCCAUGGCGUUUCGCCGGCCAUGUAGACUCCGGAGCUCUGAGUCUGCAUUUCCAGGCCCUGGCACAGCGGCUUCGAUUCUGGAUUCUUCUCGUGGUUGGAUCUGGAAACAUCCGCAAGUUGAGGAUGCCAAUGGGCAUCGCUUGCUCGGAGAGCACUUCGGCAGUCCAACAAAAUGUGUACCCAGGUUCUGCCCUGCACUUCAACGGGGCGAGCAACUACAUCUACUACGACACUGGAGCAACAGAGCUCAGAGUCCACGCCGGUGGACUCAAGCGGAUGAGCAUCAGCAGCGCUGGUGGAAGCCUGCAUGGCACGUGGUCGUCUGAAAGUAUCAUCAGUGCGUCAGACCAGAGGCUAAAGCGUCGCAUUGAGCCAUUGGAUCGGGCUCUCGCUGCCCGGGCCAUGCAGCGGACUAGCUCUGAAAAAGCAGGCUCAGAAGGAGAGUCGGACAGAGCGAAAGCCGUGGGCUGGCUUCUGCGGGAGCUACGACCGGUCUCAUACUAUUUCAAGGAAGGACCAGACGCCAAGUACGUCAGGCGAGCCAGUGCUGAAGAUAAAGCAUGGUGUUGCAGUGCUCACUUCAUGCUGAAGUCCAAUCUCGGUGCCUGCAUGUGGCUGCUAUGGAGACUACCGAAAAGACCACCCCAUCAGCGUUUGGCCACUCGGGGUGCCAAGAUCUUGCGAUGGGAGUGUGAUACUCCGCUGGCUCGGGAGAUGGCAGCCUACCCCGAGGCGAACGACUUCCUCUGCUUCUGCUUGGAGCGUAAUGGAGAGUUCUCUAAGCGAGACUGGCUUGCAUCCCUGACACUGCUGACAGUGCGAAAACGCUUCAGCACGUCCUUGCCGCAGUUUCAGGAGUACAGUCAGUUGCUGGUAUCGAAAGCUGAUUUGCACUUCCAGGAUAGUGUGCACCUCCUGCUCCACCGGUAUGGUGUUUUAGGCUAUGCUCCAGCUGUGUGGAGGCUGCUUCCACUGAUGGUGGCUCGCGUUCCUCUCAUGAGGACGCUUGUCCAUGAUGAGCAUGCUUGGGCCUCCCUCGGUAAUGCCCUCUGUGAUCGAGCGCAAGAGUUCGCAUUGCCGGACUUGGCAAUGUAUGCCUGGGGACUGGCAGCCGUUGACCGCGUGUCGCCUUCAGAAGUUGUCAUCCUGAAACAAUCAGUCCGCAGACUGCUGCUUGGGCAGAGUUUGCCCGAGUCAAGCCAUAACUUGUGCAUUCUGUUGAAAGCUGUUGGCAAACUGACGCCCGACGACCGGCGAUUCCUGGAGUGGCUCCUUUUGCUGAUGCUCGAGGCCAUGGAGACGCGGGCGAUUUCUUUUGCAGCACAGGGCGUUACUGGCAUCUGGGCGGCUCUGGGCAUGCUGAAAUGGCGGCCGGAGGACGGUAUGCUCGAGGUUCUCUGUGAGGAGUCGAGGCGAUUGCGCCUGGAUCACACUUUCAACCAGGACAUGGCCGCCGAGCUGGCAAAGGCCCUGUUGAUUCUGGACGUGGAUGAUGCGCGGCCCGUAUAUCAAGUCGCCGACUACGUUGCCAGGCGGGGCCUUUCCCUCCGAGCUGACACUUUGUUGGUCCUUGCGGAGUUCUUCGCGGCACGGCAGGUGAAUCAUGACUUGGCAUGGAAGAGGCUGGGUGUACGUGCCCAGCAGCGUGGCGUGGACCUUCGCCUGCAUGACAUAGACCGGCUGGUGGCAGCGUUUCGCCGAGCGGGGCGCGGCAAUCAAAGGAUCUAUGGCAUGCUAAGCUUGUUUCUUCGGUUGCGGGAGGACCAAGCAAAGUACGGAGCAGCUUGA